CGUCGGCCAUGGACGGCGCGAUCCUGCUCCUCAUGCAAGCGGCCUUCUCGGUGCUAACGCUCAACGCGCUCCUCGACUUCCGCGCGGCCGUCAACGGCAACAUCCGCGCGAUCAAGCUCAUCGAUGCGGGGUUUGCCCUUAGCAUCGCGUUUGUACCGAUCGUGAUUUUGCGCAUCGUGCGGUCGCGCGAGGUCGCGCGCACAGGCGUGACGCUGCUGCUGGAUCUGUUUACGCUGCAAUAUGUCCCGUCGCUCCUCAACGUCGUCGUCAGCGUCGUGCAAGACUACCUGAACCCGGACCAGCUCGACCCACACGAAGCGCCAUCCUACCGCCUCUACGCGCUCAUCCUGUGCUUUCUCGUGCUCUGGGCGGCCGACUUGGCGACGCUCGUGACCCGCCACGUGUGCCCGACGCGCCCGCCGUGGGUCGCAGUCGCGGCCAGCGCCGUCAGUGCCAUGGCCACGGUCGCGCUUUACAGCAUACUCGUGGUCCCGACUUCAAUCCCGUGUCUGCGCAAGCCGCGCCACUUUGUGCUCGCGAUCCUCAGUGCGUUCGUGUACCACAUUGGCAUUCAGUUUGUGGCCGUGCUGCGCUUCGUGGCGCUGCCAUCGAGCGGCCCCGUCCUGCACUCGACGUGGCUCGUGCGUCUCCAGUACAUCCUCCUCUUUGGCUUUUGCGCGAUGCUGCUCGAGCGUGUCGAGUGGCCGGGCGACUACAGCUACACGUCCGAAGACGUGUCGAACCAGAUCCUGCGCAUGUGGCAGCGGAUCGACAAUAGCUCGUACACCGCGUACCUCGAGCGCGAGAGCAAACUCAACUUUAUUGCGCGCAUCUCCAAGCUCGUGAAAGUGAUCCACCUCGUGCCCGACGACCGGCAACUGAAGAACUGGAGCGCGCUCAAGCUCCAUCAGCUCGUGACGUACUAUGGCGCGCAAGCUCUGAGCAAUGCGACAUCCACGUAGGUCCUAGACUCGAUGUCGUCCUCGUUUCUAUAUCUAAAUGCAUCCUUCAUCAUCCGGCA